AUGGCAUCGCAUAGCGACUACAAUGACAUCAAGGCCUCGGCCAAGGAUAAUGCAGCAGGUGUCUAUGCCUACGGCCAGCGCCAGAUCAAUCGGGUCGUCAGCUCCGACACCAGACAAAGGGCGUAUGGCAAUGCCUACAACUUUGCUCAGGAGCAGCCAUUCCUCUUCGCCUUCAUCCUCUGCCAAUUCAUCUUCUCCUUCCUCCCAAUCCUCGUCUUCGUCUCCUUCUCCGCCUCGACCAUCGCCUUUGCUCUCGGUGCCGCCGUUGUCUUUUCUCUGUUCUGGAUCGGCAUCGCCCUCCUCGUCCUCGUUCCGAUCCUCUUCUUCACCUGCUCAAUUGGCGUCCUCGUUUGGAUCUGGGCUGCCGGCAGCUUCGUCGUCGCCAAGCGCUUAUAUGAGAUGUCGCCGAUCCGGGGUAGGGGUGAUCUUGAGAUAGAUGCUCCCAAUGGCAAGACGUACGCCGUCACGAAGCGUGAGGAUGGCGUUCAUGCGCAGACCUACGACUGA